AUGGAAGUAGAUCGCCGAACGGCGUCACCCGAUUUUGCGGCAGGUGAGGCUCAAUUCUUCCGGGCGCUGAGGGCAGCGUUCUUGGAUAUACAGGCGCAAUGUGAGAACGAGAAAGUCUCCAACCAGCGCUCAUUCGAACGAAACCAGCAAGCUAUCCAACAACGCAUUCAUGACUUAGAGUUUAAGUGCUCUGAUCUAGCGAGGAGGAAGCGCGAACUAGAAGAUGCAGAGAGAAAAGCGGCUUUGGAGCUUCAGCGAAAGCGGUAUGAAGAGAUCCAGGGCCAGAAAGCGCAUCACGAAUUGGAGGAGAGGCGGCGGAGAAAAUUCUCUGCGCUCCUGGGAGGUGAUUCUGCGACCAAUUUAAGAAUCGUUCUGGCUCCCCGUCUUCACCAAGAUCACCGGCAGUCUCUUGCGGCCGAGACUGGUCAAUUAUCAGAGAGAGGCCCGAGUUUACUUCAGAGCCGCAACGGUCAGGAAAUCAUUGGAGAUGUGUCCAGUCUGGGCGACGGGCAGUAUUCAUUGUCUGAGGGCUUAGAUACCUGCAUGGCCGACGAAGCACAGCGACAUGUCGUGGAGUUAGUGAGCGACGCAGCCCUCUCGCCGGCUCAGAACUCAGCCGAAGAACAAGUUUCGCAUGAGCAGUCAUCGGAAGCAGUUCGAGGCACAGUUGUUGCAGAUGAAAUUCACCAGGUCGAUCAAUGCCACCAGGCACCUGACACGACGGAGGUCCGGCAAGGAAAGCGCAAGCGAUUCCCAACAGCCAAAGCCCAGGCUCUGGGACUUGGUGGCAACCAGUCGGAUCGCAUCACCACUGAUUUCAACAAGCGUAGAGCCUUGACACCUCGUCAGGCUGAGUCAAGUCCUGACAGCCGGAUGGAACGUCAAGAGGACCGGGCGCCAGAAAGGCAGCCGCAGCCCUCGAAACUUUCGGUCAUAGAAACCGCUCGACAUGUCAACAACGAAGGAGGCCAAGCUCGAAGUGAACCCAGUGAGAUAUUUGUACACGACAACAUUCGUGAUGCACCGAUAGCCACUGCUUCUCCCGAUCUAUCAACAGAAGUUCAGGUUGCCAGCUCAGAUGCGAUUGCAGAACAGAAAGGUGUUGCAACUUCCACAGAACAAAUGCCCGAUGGCCGUACAACCAGGCCUCAAUGCAGCACUGCGGGCCGAGACAGUAUUGGGCAACUCGCAGAAAAUCACCACCGAAGCGAAGAGAGGGACGACAACCAGUCGCAACCCAUCACAAGGGUGACAGGGAACGCAUCAGCUCAACUGCCACGCUGUUUCUCGAGAUGUGAGCCGGCGCCGCCUGGCGUUCUCCACACCAACGCCGGUCACAAAGAGCCAGGGAAUGACAGAUCCCCUCAAGGAAAUGAAUUCGAGAGUCUUGGUUUUGGCGUGAUUAAUGUUGCAGACAUAGGGCUGACGUUCCCAAAGAUGUCACAGGCUUCUGGGAAUACCAAGUACUCUCGCCCGCUCACGAACACAGUCAAUGCCGGCAACCCAACGCUGAUAGAAUCGGCAUCUAGGACUCUAGAGGCUCAGAAUCUCGCAGCGGCUGGAAGCUCUCAGAAGCUGGUGUCGAUUGCCAGGCCAGCCUGGGAUAGCUGGCAGAAGCGCAAGUGGAAGCGAAUGGGCCAGGUCCUCUUCCGUCAGGGAAACCCAAGGACCUCUGCCGGAGCCGGUGUGCCUGAAUUGCAGGAAGAAGAAGAGGAGAUGCGACAGGAAGAGACCGCGCUGUGGAAAUUGUUUGAGGCAGGAUGA